AUGAAUAUUUUACCAAAAAAAAGAUGGCAUGUUUUAAAAAAAGAGAACAUUGCUCGGGUGAGGUCAGAUGAGGCAAAAUAUGAGGAGGAGCGAAGAAAAUUUGAAAUUAAAGCACAACUUGCUGAUCAGGAAGCGCGAAUAGAUUAUUUAAGAAGACAAAAAAAUAAGCUAACAUCUAGCUCGGGAUCAGAUGGAUUCCAGAUAACUCUAACAAAAGAUAGUAUCCUGAAUGUCUCACAAGGAAACGGAGAAUACGAAAAUGAGAAGAAGAUCGAACAAGAGAGAAAAGAGAAAGCAGUUGGGAUUUUGACUUAUUUAGGCCAAACUGUUCUUGAUGCUGCCGGUGAAAAGCCGUGGUAUGAUGUGCACCCUCGAACUUAUGAGCGUCGUGAGAGCGAACGAAGAAAGACCAAAGAAGAACUGGAAAUAAAGAAGAAGACAUUAGCUGACCCAUUAACAGAAAUGAAGAAGGUCGAGGAGAUGUUCAAACACAAUAAGGAAGUAAAAAGACAGAGCGAAGCAGCUGAACUUCAACGUGCCAGUGCUUGCAUUCAUGCUAUGCCAACCUUAUUUCCUGAUGACAUAAUGGUACCAAAGUGCCCAUACAAAGAGGCUUCGAAAAGUCGACGAACAGGUAAUAGGUAUACUCAAUCACUUACUGAAACUUCAUGUAAUUCAUUUGGGGAGCUAACGAAAGAUUUAUCCACGGGGGUUUCUCUGAAUCCCGAAAGUAUGGAUAAAAAAUCAGAAUUGAUUGAAAUGGCCAAGCGUUCAGACAUUAACCGUCUUCGGGCUGAAAGACUGCGACGAGAACGAAAGGAAAGAGACAGGGCAGCAGUUUUACUGGCUAAAUCUUUUGGUUUAGAUGCUUUAAAACCUCCAGAUCAAGAACAAGUGUAUGUAGACGAACGAAGUUUGCCCUUUAAUUCUGCAUUUAAUCCUGAACUGUCGGCUAUCCUGGCUGAACGACGUCAACGACAUCGUGAGUCGAGAAAGCGGAGUUACAAAGAGGUGAAUUAA